AUGGACUCCAAGGCCCAAGAUGGCGGAUGCCAGACCUCCCAGACCUACAUCAUGGCUUUUCCUCAGCUUCUGAAGAGGAAGACGAGCUCCUACUUCAGCUGGGGGGCAACCAAGCUCUGUCACUUAAAAGCCUUCUUUGCUUCAGAGAUAGACACACUGAAGAAAGACCUCAGCUCACUGUCUGGCUGCAUUCAAGCCACAGAAG